AUGGCUAGAAAGAACGGAGAAAAUAGCGAAUUCGACUCCUAUGAUUAUAUACCAAUCACAGAAUAUGAGAAACAAGCGAUGUCCGAGCGACCUUCUAGGACGCUACAAUCAAAAGUUGCCAUUGUCACUGGAGCUGGGGCUCUAGGCUACUCGAUAGGCAAUGGGCGAGCAACUGCGAUCAUGCUCGCGGAAAUUGGCGCAAACGAAGCCUCCGCAAAACGUACCGUCCAAAUAAUUGAAUAUCUCCAGCUUCCUGGGCGGGCGGUAGUUGGCGUUGCCGACAUCACCAAGCUGGAUGAUUGCGAAGCCGUCGUUCAGCUUGCGAAGACUGAAUUUGGUCGCCUCGACGUACUCGUGAAUAAUGUUGGUAUCCAUGGUGCAAAAGGCAACUCUGUGGAUGUGGAUAUGACGCAAUGGGCAAUUGCAGCCCAAAUCAAUGUGACAAGUAUGAUCUCCAUGGCUAAGUUCGCCAUUCCGGUCAUGUUGGAGAAACAACGUGACACAGACACUCGUGAACUAGGUAGCAUUAUUAAUGUUGCUAGCGUCAAUGGCAUCCGAGGUGGAUCCCCAGACAUUAUCCACCCUACGACAAAAGGUGCAAUUGUAAAUAUGACGAGGGCAAUGUCCACGCACCACGGGAGUAGCGGCAUUCAAGUGAAUUGUGUCUGCCCAGGGGCAGUGUAUACACCAAUGGUUGGAGGAAUCGAGGGCGUUAUGAGCGAUAUUAUCCGGGAGAGCAGAAAAAAGAGAAGUAUCCUUGGAACUGAAGGAUCAGGUUGGGAUGUUGGCGCUGCAAUUCGUUUUCUUGCUAGUAGCGAAGCAUCAUGGAUUACAGGAGUUAUACUUCCAGUAGAUGCAGGAGCAACAGCUGCGGUAGGAGUCGGUCACAACAUGGGCCAUUGA